GCUCUUUGUUACAUAACUUCAUCCAUCUUUCGCAUCGCAUCCUUUACUGGAGGACAUUUUGCACCUCGUCGAAACUUCAACCCGGCUCAGUUGUGGGAGGCAAAACGAGAAGGCCUACUGGUCGCAAGGAAAUUAAUCGCUGCUUAGUUCUAACGCUGAAGGGAGAGGCUUCGUGGCCGCCAAGGUCAGCAGACGACAAACAUUUCUUCAAUAGCUGUGUCAUCCAGGGUAGAUAGCUCAAACCAUCAGUUGUAAUUGUUUGCUGAAGGUGUUAAAUUGAUCUUUAAAAGUUGAUCAAGCUAUAUGAUUACCAUGGAGGAGACAAUGUUGCUAAAGCAGGAGCAAGACGAUGAUGAUGCUGCCUUACAGCAAAGUCCUCUGGGCGAAGAUCAGCUGAAUGGCAUUUCGGAGACUGAAUGUCCCGCAACACCUGUAGUCAGCUCACAACUCUGCCCUACAGGCGAUACAAGCCCUCCGCAACCACCGCAACAACAACAACAGCAGCAACACCAUCAACAACAGUAUUCCAACCACCAUCUCCACCACCAUCACCAUCAGCAGAUGCAAUACGAGAACUGCCAUGGGUAUCAACAGCAGCAGCAACAGCAGCAACAUCGCCACCACCGGCAACUCAGCCCUUCGUCAGCCGCAUCUAUCGGGCAGCAUCACGAUCUUCAUCAUCAACCCUACUCCCGCGGCGGCAUCGUCACCCUCCACGACUCAAUGGCGGGAAAUACAGGCCAUAAUAUUUCGGAGAUGCUCACUGCAUCGUCUGCUAAUGGAGGCAUCUCAUCAGGCGGGGAGCUUAACGAGACCGGGUGCAUUCCCGUUGGUAGCCCUGACGAGUUCGCAUCAGAGGAGGAGAAGACAAGGGAAUUGCUCCAGAGGAAGACUGCCAGCGACAGAGAAAGAUCACGCAUGCGCGACAUGAACAACGCUUUCGAGACGCUACGGAUCAAGUUAGCCCAUCGCAAGCAACCGGGAAAGAAGAUGUCGAAGAUCCAGGCUCUUCGCUUCGCCAUCGAGUACAUCAACGACCUCGAAGAGACGCUGACGAUGACGACACGGUUGCCGACGGCUGGAGGGGCGUACUAUCACUGGGCGAGGGCCAGGGGAUUCAUCUGGGCACGCGAAAAGGCAAAAAUGCACGAUUACAGUGGUGUUCACCAACCCGGAAUGGAGAUGACCCACGAACAGGCUACCAACGGCGGGAUGGUCGGCUCCGGCUCCAUCGACUCCUAUACAACAACCCUGCAACCUCUACAGCCCCACCACCAGUCGCAGCAACACGUGCUUCAGCAGCAGCAACAGCAGCAGCAACAACAACAGUCGACACCCACUACCGAUCUCAUGUUGGACUAUAUGCACCAGAGCACUACACAGUAUCAGUCCAACACGCCGCAGUGAUGCGGGUGGUAUGGUUUUGGAACUUUUGCAAAGAAAUCACGAUAGAUGUCUUGUUUGCCGUUGUAAAGACUUGAACGUGACCAAAUCCAUAUCUUUUAAAUGCUUCUUUUCUUCGACAACGAAUGACCCUGAUAUACAUCCAUACAGUUGACGAUCAUAUAUAUAGCUCAAUAUAGAGUUGAUGUGAUCAUGUGAAUAAUUUUUUAGUCUCGAUCUGAUACUCCCAGCUACUGCCCUAGUUCUGAAAUUGGAUAAAAGUGUUAUAAAAUACUUUAAACACAUAUUCGGCAAUGACUUUGUUUUUAACACGAUCCUCAAUAUUUCUUAAUUAAAAAACUCUGAAAAGCGCUGAAAAUAAUCCUUCCUCCAAUGUUUUUAUUCUAGACUUUUAACGUAUUCGGCAAUGAUUGUCAUUAACAUUAUUGUCAUAUUUCGUACUCGGGUUAAUGACACAACAGAAAUUUAAUGUACAUUAUGGUUGUCUAUAACUAAUGUGGAUGGAAUAAUUUGAAUACAUCCUUUUGAAAUGUGCUAUCAAUUUGAUAAGACCUACAUCACAAAAUGAUAUUCCCACUGAAAAAAAACAUCGUCAUCCAGCACCUAACAAGCUAGAUUCUUUGUCAAACCAAUCUUACGUUUGUAUACACAAUUGAGAUAUUGCCGAGAAGGAUUGUAAAAAUUGGAAGUGAUCUCUUGUUCUCGUUCCCAAAACUGAAAAAGAUGCGUAUACGGUGAACAGAAGACACUUGAGUAAUGCAAUGUCUGAAACAAAAUACUCCAAAAGGAGUGAAAAUUACGCUUUAUUUGCGCUGUGGGUUUAUACAUUUUCCCAUCAAGACAUGCAACGGAUACAGUGACGUUUGUAUAUAUUACCUAUGAGUAUUGUAAAUAAUAUUUAUUUGAGAGUAAGACGUGUUGUGGUAAGUAAGAUGUAUUAUCGAGUACUAUGAGAAUAUAUGGAAUCGCAUUUGCCAGGAUCCACGAGGCUAGUGCAGAUUAUUGUGGUUAUUAAAAAUGAUAGUAAAGCUUUCGAAAAUUGUCGUAAAAGUUGAUAUCAAAAGAUUGUGACAUUAGUGGAUAUCACUUGAUCAAUACGGGAAUUAUUGGGGCACAUUUUGGUUGGAUUUUCGGUAUGGUUUACAACAGACUGGUUAAUACGAUAUAUUAUUUUUUUAUAAGUUCGAAACUCGAUUCUGGCAAUUAAUUCAAUGGCAAAUCUCUGAUAAUAGCUUUUCCCGACGACAAUUAUAAAGCCAGUAUUAUGUGGUGAAAACCCCUUGUAUUAAAAAGGAAUGACCGUCUUUUCAAGAACAUUGGUCAUGUUGAUAAAGUACAAUGAUUGGUACUACUAUACUAGGAAAGUACACUUUGUCGUUUUGUAUAAUAAUUUUGUCAAUUGGACUAAUAUUUAUUGACUCUCUCGGGGUGCUAAAGUCAUAGUCAUUCUUACUAGAUGAUGCCCCAACUAGGGGUUCAAAUUUGCCCAAAAAAUGUUUUAACGGGUGUAUUAAGUCGUAUGCAUGGUAGCAUGCAUGUCCUACUUUGACAUUAUGGGAACAAGCUCUUAUCACAGUGUAAAAUAUGAAUGAAUUUGAUAUACGUUAAUUUUCAUGGUUGUUAGCCAUGCCGACAAUUUGUCAUCAUGGGUUGGUGAUAAAUUAGGCUGUAUUCUUUCACAUAAUUCGAUGUUUAACAAAUGAAAUCAUCAAAUCUUCAAUUAACAUUGAUAUUUUUUGUCAAAAUAGGCCCUACGUAAAAUUGUUUUCGGAGCAUAGUAACAUUGCUUGGCAUGAACUUGGAAAAUGGACUUGCUGUACAUGGAAACACGCACACACCCUCACACACAUUAAAUACUUACCUUACCACAUCAUUAUUUUGCAAAUAUCAAUAGGCAUAUGUAUAAUGUGUGUGCUGUAAGCCGUAUUAAUACUACGGAAUCAGAAUAUACAUGUAUAUAAAUCACAUCAUAUUCUUUCACAGUUUGCUUUUUUGAUUGCCGUGUUAAUUAUCCUCUAUUUUGUGAGAGGAAAAUGCAUGACGACAAUAAAAGAGUAAUAAAAUUCA